UCAUAAAAUAAUCAAUAAGAAAGGUUUCAACAUGCAAACUAUUUAUUCGUAUAUAUUGGAAUGAUUGAUGCCUUAAGUUUGAAUGCAGUAUUAUGUACAGUAGCUUUACAGUAGUAUUAGUGCCUUUGAUAGAAAUCCAUAGAGGGCCUUGAGGAAGGAUUCAGCUUUUACUAUUAUUUAACAUUUUAAAAUCCCACUUUAUGUUUCUCUUCCAUUGAAAUUGAGCAAGACACUUGUCUGCUGGCGGUAGUUGGUGGGGACUGUGGUCAGCAGCCUCGCUCUGUCAGUGCACCCCAGAAAAGCUGGUUCUACGUUGUAACUCAUCAACACCAGGGUGCGAAUGUGUGUGUGAAUGAUUGUGUUGUUAAGCACCUUGGGGGGCUCUAGGACUCUAGAAGAUACUGCAUCAAAUACAGGACAUUGAUAAACUCAGUGAGAAGUCCCAUGACUCUAAGAGUUGAGCUGGUCCCUUUGGGUCACGUGCCCUCAAUUGACCAAUCAGAUUUGACGCUGACAUAAACAAGGAAGUUAGAAUGUUGUUUUUAAGGAAGUGAGAAAUGUCACCGGGCAAAAUGAGGAAAAAGCUUUCUGUAGCCUAAUGAAGUUUCAGUUUAACACACGGACGGGGAGAUUUACCACACUGACUACUGUCUGUCAAAACCAAACAACUCAGGAAUAACCUUUUGUUUUACCGAUGUGCCACUGCUUUGUUACUUUGAGUGAAGGAUGGAGGAAAAACACAAGAAGAUUCUUCAGCAGAACAUGACUCAAUUGGUAAAAGGCUUGGAUCUACCAGACCUCUAUGGUGCCCUCCUCAAAAAGGACAUUUUCACCAAAGACAUGAUCGAUGAGCUACAGAUUGCUGGAAUUGUGCAAGACCAGGUCAGACAACUAGUUCAGGCCUUAGAAACCCGCGGGAGUCGAGCAUUCCCAUUAUUCCUGGAGUGUCUCUGGGAAACAGGUCAGCAUGGUUUGGCUGAGCUUUUACAAACUGAAGCCCCAACUGUUCCAAGACCAAGACCAGGGUGCAAGAGCUAUAAAAUGGAAUCCAGCCCCUGUGGUCACUGCUUGAUCAUAAAUAACAUGGAGUUUAAACCUGAGAGUGCACUCAGAAACCGCAGAGGGUCCAACAUAGACUGUGAGAAGUUGGAAACAAGAUUCAAGGCAAUCAACUUUAUUGUUGAAGUAAAAGAAAACCUGAAAGAAAGUCAAAUCAAACAGGAAAUGUCAGCUUUGUCAAAAAAGGAUCACUCGCAGUAUGACUGCUGUGUGGUCAUCGUGCUCUCCCAUGGGACUGAGGUGAGACAUAGCGGCUUACCUGGUGCCAUUUAUGGUGUGGAUGGAAAACACGUCACUGUUCACGACCUCACACUCUACCUGAAUGGACAAAACUGCCCUUCUUUACAAGAGAAGCCAAAACUUUUCUUCAUUCAGGCCUGUGGAGGAGAUGAAAGAGACACCGGCUUUGAGGUGUCCUCUGAUGAAGCUCAACCAUCCACAGGAGGAGUAGACAACCAAACUGAUGCCAUCCCAACACCAUUCAGUAACAACUUUCUCAGCCUGUUGUGUGAGAUUGAUGCUCGAGCCUCUCUUCCCACCCAAAGUGACAUCCUUGUGUCCUACUCUACUUUUCCUGGUUAUGUCUCCUGGAGAGACACCCAGGCAGGUUCUUGGUACGUGGAAACUCUGGAGCGAAUCCUCAAGGAAAACGCAGCUACUGAUGACUUGUGCUCAAUGCUGGUGAUGGUUAACCACCACGUUUCCCAAAACUGUGCUAAAGGACUUUACAAGCAAAUGCCUUUUUCCUUUAAUCUCCUUCGGAAACUUCUCUACUUUCAAACUUCAACAUAGAGUAACAAUGUGAAUACCUGACUGUGACAGACUGCACAAUCUUGUAAAGACUAAAGUCCCAUUAGUCAUCAAACACGCUGAUGUGUGGUGAAAUGUACUCUCUG